CCAUAGACACGACCAGCAGGAGACGAACAGCAGUAAUUUCCGUCCAGACAUCAUGAGGUUCAACAUGAAGACCGCGGUCACUUUGCUGCUGUUGUUUGUCGCCGUGGUGCUGUUCCUGUUGAGGCGCAGUCACACUGCGGUAACUGCCACGCGUCAACAGGUGGAAGUGAAGAGCUGGGCGGAAGAGUAUGAACAGGCAAAGACGAAGGACUCCCUUAUACUACCCGCUUCCGGCGUCGUUAACGUCAUAGAGGAACACCAUGAGGCACUGAUGUACUGGUUCUCGGCCGCGUCGAAUGGGACCAUCAAGAAACAGGGUAACACCUUGUUGCACAUAGAUGGCCACAAUGAAGCUGCCAGCCCAGUGCACUGGAGGAAGAUGCCACUAUUUCAGUUUCCAAAACGCCAGGAGGAGUUGAACCAAAUGAUGGAGAAAAGCAAUGCUUUUGUCCACGUGGCUGCCGUCACGGGGUUGAUCAACCGUUUCAUAUGGGUGUGGCCACCGUAUGAUUCUGGCGGAUAUCAGCACGAAAACAGCGAGCCCUACGUGUCUCUGCGACUGAAAGUUGGGGUCAUGUUUCAGCCAAGAGAUAGACGUGAUGUACUAGUACACUGUGCUUGCGCAGAAUCCGACCAGCUGAAGAUGGAGAAGACGUGUGUCUGGAUUGAUGCUCAUCGAGAUGGUUCGGAGGAAUAUUUUGAAAUACCGGAGUCAACAUGUGUUGAUAUGUCUCUUAGUGGCACGGUGGAGUUCGUAAGUACAGGCAAGGCUAUAGAGCUGGCUAAGUCAGGCACCUGGAUCACGGCGAAUGACAGCAUCAUCCUGGACAUUGAUGAGGACUACUACGGCAGUGAAGCUGCAUCAUCUCCUCUGUAUGAAUCUGGCAUGAGCAAGACUCAAAUCAAAGAGAUAUCAUCAAGUGUUGGGAUGCUAUUGUGUGUUGGAAAUGCACACGAUGAAAUGAUGGCUGACAAAUUCUUCCAUGACCUUUUAAAGAUCAUUCUCAAACACAUCAAACCCUGCGAUAAUAAUGCAGCCGAGGGUAACAGCAUAUGCUCUGACCAUCUUGCAAUGACGAAUGCAGUUAUCGGCAAUAUAUACGAUAUACUGGAAAAAGCUAGGCAUGUUAUGUGCAUGCCAACCCAAUCUACACAAUAUAUGCUCAACCGUCUUCUCAACGAUCUGCUCUACCUCAAUGAGCGUCAGUUGGAGGAACUGACAACCGUAGGCGUGUGUAUGAACCAGUCCCCAAGAAGCACAUUCUUCAACCUAAAUGAUGGUGUGGUGUUAUGCCAGGGGUACAAUGCCCCAAGGACAACGCUCAUCCAAUACCAGAGCGUGGAUAAGGAGGCGAUUGACCAGACCACAAACCAUCUCCAAACCAUCCUUUCCCACUCAUUUCCUCCCGGAGUGGUGACUCUCGCCCGCUCUGUGCGAGAUGGCUUUACUCCGAGGAAACAUGCCCACACUAUUGAGUAUAAAGUUAUCAAUGUUUUGAAAACAGUGUUCCCAAACAGUAUAGAUGACAGUAGCAUACACUAUGACUCGCAGCUGCUUGGAGGUAAAGACGGGUGGUAUUUUCGACACAAGACCAUUAAGGCUUAAUCAUUCAUGUUGGAAAUAAAACUUGUGUUUUGUUCUUAAAACUAGCUGCCUGUGUCUUUCUGAAAUUCAAUAUUAAUACGGAUAAAAAUAUACAAAAACUCAUUUUUAUCCAAACUGAUUGAAAUAAAGGAGCAACCAUUUGA